AUGCUUGUGACAGCCCGCUCCUCUCCAACAAUGCCAAAUCGCUUUUGGCGUCCAAAUCAUGCGAUCAGCGAUGCCGCCUGCAAACUGAAGAAUGGCCUCUUUCACGAUCAAUUUCCUGAAAGUCAAUGUGUGAACCAUGAACAUCUACUCAUAAAUUUCCGUGUGGGGUGUUUUGAGGACAGCAAAAAAGAUCGAGCACUUACCGGGUUUGCAUAUGAUUUCAAAUCGGAUAAUUCUAUGGAAAAAUGCCGAUCACAUUGUUAUCGAGCGGGUUUCAUAUAUUACGGCUUGGAAUUCGGACGCGAAUGUUUCUGUGGGGAUACAUUGUCGAAACCGACUUUGGAUGAUUCCAAAUGUACAGAAUAUCGUUGUUCGGGGAACUCCUCCCAGUUCUGUGGUGGCUUCAAUGCUGUAGAAGUGUUUCGCACCGGACUGAAAGAACCACAUCUCAUGCCUAAAGCCAAGUAUAUGGAGACGAAUGAGGUUGAUGAAAAAUCAAGAAGACCUCGAAUACUCUUUCUUCUACAACUCAAUGGAAGGAAUGAACGUCAGGUGAAACGCCUAUUGAAGGUUUUGUAUUCGCCAUAUCAUUAUUACUACAUCCAUGUUGACCAGCGUCAGUUGUACAUGCUUACAGGUAUGCGAAUUUCAUUCGCAUACUGUAGGACGUGUGGAACGUUCCCUGUAAAACAACUUCUUUCUAGAGAUCAGGAUAAAUCUCCCAACUUCAUGACAAAUUUGCAUUCAUAUGUCAAACAAAAAUUUUAUCAUCUCAAAAUCAUACUUGCAGAUGCAAUACGACGCUCAAUCUCUAUGCCCACAUUGUCGGACUGGGACUAUCUUAUCAAUCUGUCUGAAAGCGACUUUCCAGUUCUAACACUGAACGAACUUGAAACGCAGCUUAGGCUAAAUCCUGGAAAGUCUUAUAUGAGCAGCCAUGGAUACAAUACAGCAAGAUUUAUACAGAAGCAAGGUUUUGAUUUUGUGUUUAUUGAAUGUGAAAACAGGAUGUGGAGGAUAGGAAAGAGAGAUGAAUUCCCUAGAAAUCUUCGCAUUGACGGUGGAUCUGAUUGGAUAAUUCUACAUAGAGAUUUCGCCGAAUAUUCAAUAUCAGACGAUGAGUUGCCGAAAAAAAUGCGUACGCUUUUCGGUAGCAUCAUUCUUCCGGUGGAGAGCUUUUUCCAUACAAAGCAAGGUUUUGAUUUUGUGUUUAUUGAAUGUGAAAAUAGGAUGUGGAGGAUAGGAAAGAGGGAUGAAUUCCCCAGAAAUCUUCGCAUCGACGGUGGAUCUGAUUGGAUAAUUCUACAUAGAGAUUUUGCCGAAUAUUCAAUAUCAGACGAUGAGUUGCCGAAAAAAAUGCGUACGCUUUUUGGAAGUAUAAUUCUUCCGGUGGAGAGCUUUUUCCAUACACUUGCCUAUAAUUCUCGCUUUUGCCAUAGUAUUUUGGGCAGUAACUUGAGAUUAACUAACUGGAAUAGGAAACAAGGUUGUCGCUGCGAAAGUCUCAAGAAGGUCGUCGACUGGUGUGGUUGCUCACCUUUGGUUUUCAAGAUGGAACACACGCAUAAAUUCGCCAUCAAAAACGCGCAAGCGAAACCGUUCUACAUUGCACGAAAGUUCGAGAGUCUUAUAGAUAUCGAUGCUAUCGCAAUGGCCGAAGAACAGGCGUUGAGAGAUAGGUGA